UCAACCAAUGGAAGCGGGGAAACGCUGCCGAGCGGCCAAUGGGGAGAGAGCGGGCCCAGCGCGGGGACUUCCUGGAGACGGGCCUGAAGGCGGGCAGGGUCCUGGCAACGGCCACGGAGCUGCCGGGAUGAACGUCGGCGUGGCACACAGCGAGGUGAACCCCAACACGCGGGUGAUGAACAGCCGGGGCAUCUGGCUGGCGUACGUCAUCUCCGUGGGGGUCCUCCACAUUGUUCUCCUCAGCAUCCCCUUCUUCAGCAUUCCCGUGGUCUGGACGCUCACAAACGUCAUUCACAACCUGGUCAUGUACCUGCUGCUGCACACGGUGAAGGGGACCCCGUUUGAGACCCCGGACCAGGGCAAGGAUCGUCUCCUCACGCACUGGGAGCAGAUCGACUAUGGGACACAGUGCACCUCGUCGCGCAAGUUCCUCAGCAUCUCGCCGGUAGUGCUGUACCUCCUCACCAGCUUCUACACCAAAUACGACCCUGCGCACUUCGUCAUCAACACGGCCUCCCUGCUCAGCGUCCUUCUGCCCAAGCUGCCCCAGUUCCAUGGCGUGCGGGUCUUUGGCAUCAAUAAAUACUGAGACACGGCGAGCUCAGCGCUUCCAGCGGAGCUGGGGACGCCAGCGCGGCGCGAGGCACCGGCUGGAGAGAAGGGUGAGGCGGGCAGGGGCCGCUCCAGCUGUUCGUAAGGUUCCUCCAUCUCCAAGGAGGAGCAAUCUCCUCGGUGAAGAGAGAAGCGCAGACGCGCAGUCUGGAGCAAGCAGUUGUCACACGUGCGUGUUUCCUUUGAGGUCACCUCCGUGUAACCCCGCAGAAAGCACCUGCGAGGGGAGAACUGCGGACUGCGGGGGGAAGAGUUGCCCCCCUACACCUCCCUCGUCCUCGUGUUUUCUAUGUUCCCACCAUAAUAAAGAACUUGAGAACGACA